AUGACGGAUUAUGAAAGGCCCGAAAAAUUGAAAUUGGAAGGUGACGUACAAGCCAAUUUCAAAUUAUUCAGGCAAGAAGUAGAGAUCUACUUCACGGCUAACGAAACGACGAAAAAGACAAAGGAAAUACAAGUCGCCAGACUGUUGAACCUGAUGGGUCCAGAAGCAAGAAAAAUAUACUUCCAAAUUGAGGAAAAUAUAGAGGAAAAGAAUAAAACAAAAUCAAAUGCAGAAGAACAAUUACUAACAACACAAAUAGUUUUAGGCAUCUACAAUAAAAAGACUCAACAAAAACUGUUAGAAAACAAUUUAAACUUAGAGAGAACUGUUCAAUUUUGUCAAUCGAUCGAGCUUUCAGAAUUUAAUAGACAAGAAAUUGAAUCAACCGGAGCAACAAAUAAUGGGAACAUGUCAGUAUACAAGGCAGUAAAGUUUAACAAUCAUCAGCAGCAACAAAAUAAAAGAGGACUAGGAUUAUUUCCUGAAAAAUGUAGAUUAGUUUUAAAAGAUAAAAUAACUCCUAUAAUUAAUACAGCUAGACGAGUACCAUUGGCUAUCAAAGAAAGGUUAAAAGAUACGUUAGAUCAGUUAGAAAAAAUUAAAGUUAUUGAAGCAGUAAAUGAUCCUGUAGACUGGCUAUCAAAUAUAGUUAUAGUAGAAAAGCCAAACAAAAAAUUGAGAAUAUGUCUUGACCCACAAGACCUAAAUAGAGCACUUAAAGUUGUAAAAUUCCCAAUAACAACAUUAAAAGAAAUAAUACCAAAACUGAAAGGUAAAAAAUUUUAUACAGUUAUAGAUUUAAAAGAUGGAUUUUGGCAAAUAGCAUUAGACGAAGAAUCAAAUAUAAUUAUUUACUUUGAUGAUAUAAUGAUAAGUGCUAACGCCAAAGAGGAACAUGAUAACAUUCUUGAACAGGUAAUACAGGUAGCGAGAGAAAAUAACAUCAAAUUCAAUAAAGAUAAAAUUCAAUUCGAAAUGAAUGAAGUUAAAUUCUUAGGUUUUUUGUUCAAUGAAAAUGGUAUGAGGCCUGACCCUGUUAGAAUUAAAGCAAUAAAUGAGUUACAAGACCCAACUAAUAAAACUGAAUUGCAAAGGAUUUUAGGAAUGGUAAACUACCUUAGAGAUUUUAUACCAAAUUUGUCGAACAUUAUAUCGCCGUUAAGACUAUUAUUAAAAAAGGAUAAGAUAUGGUGUUGGAAUGAUAUACACUCGAAUGUGCUUAAGAAAAUAAAAAACUUAAUAGGUAAUGCAACUACUUUAGUAAAUUUCGAUCCAAGUGAAAAAGUUGAAAUUCAGUGUGAUGCAUCGCAAGAUGCAAUUGGAUGCUGUUUACUUCAGAAUAAAUCGCCAGUAUGUUUUUUAUCAAGAUCAUUAACAGAGACUGAAAAAGAGUAUGCCCAAAUUGAAAAAGAACUACUCUCAAUUACAUAUGCAUGUAAAAAAUUGCAUGAGUACAUAUAUGGUAACAAUAAUAUAGUGAUUUACACUGAUCAUCAACCUUUAGUUACUGAUUUGUUAAGUAGAAAUGUGAGCAAAGGUAAUGUAGUUAAUGAUGAUGAAAGUAUGAAUGACAUAGUACACACAGUAAAAAUAGGUGAAAUUAAGUUCAGUGAAAAUAAGUUAGAAGAAUAUAAGAAAAAUAUAUUAAAGGAUGAGGCACUUAAGUUAGUAUGUGAGUAUUAUAAAACAGGAUGGCCUAAAAAUAUAAAAAAAAAAAUUAAAGAAAAAAAUACAGAAUUACUUCACUAUAGUAAGCUAAAAAGUGAAAUAACGAUGGAAGGAGAUCUUAUGUAUUGGAAUAAUAGAUUAUUAAUUCCUAAGGUAACACGGGGUGAGAUUUUAAAUUUGCUUCAUGAGACUCAUUUAGGAGUAAAUAAAACCAAAUUAAAAGCAAGGCAGCAUUGUUAUUGGCCAGGUAUUAAUUCUGAUAUAGAAAACUUUGUUUUAAGUUGUAGCAUUUGUCAAAAAUUUUCUACUAAUAAUAGUAAAGAGCCAUUGAUACAACAUAAUGUCCCAAAUAUACCAUUUGUAAAAUUAGGGGUGGAUAUAGCAGAAUGGUCUGGGAAAAAAUAUUUUAUUCUUGUGGACUAUUAUUCUAAAUGGUUGGAAAUAAUACCCAUUAAAAGUGCUAAUAGUUCAACAUUAAUAAAAUGUUGUAAAGAAAUUUUUACAAGAUUUGGCAUACCAUCAGAAGUAAUAGCAGAUAAUAUGCCGUUCGAUAGCUAUGAAUUUAGAGUAUUUAGUCAGGAGUAUAAAUUUAAAAUAACAACAUCUAGUCCAUAUUAUCCCCGUAGUAAUGGUUUAGCUGAAAAAUUUGUAGGCAUUGCCAAAAAAUUAAUUAAAAAAUCAGAGGUGGAGAAAAAAGAUUUACAAUUAUUUCUACUUUAUUAUAGAAACUCACCGGUGUCAGGUUGUAAGUACUCGCCGUCACAAUUUUUAAUGUCUAGAUUACUAAAUACAAAACUCCCAGUAAAAGAGGUAUUACUAAAACCAAAGGUAAUAAAUGCAAAAUAUGAAUUAAAGAUUAAAAAAAUUAAAGAAAAGGAGUAUUAUGAUGAAAGAACAAAGAUUAGGAAAAAAUUUAAAGUAGGAGAAAAAGUGCUGGUUAGAGAUAUAAAAAGAUCUGAAUGGAUCCAAAAUACAAUCAAUGCAAUGCAAAAGUUUCAAAAGUUAUAUAGAGGGUUAAAAACACAUUGUACUUAUGUUAAAAAACCAAUUCCUCAAGUAUCAUUGGUUCAAUGUAAAGCCAAAAACAUACCAAAACAAGUUGAUGCUUAUAACUGUGGAGUUUAUGUAAUAUACUACGCUAUCACAAUAAUAAAUAAGUCACAUUUCGACAAGAAGUUCAACCCUAAUAAUUAUAGAAACGAAUUAAAAAGUUUACUGCUAGAAAAUUCAGGUGACAUGGCAAACAUAUGUUUAUAUUGCCAAAAGUAUAUAGAACAUCACAGCAGAAUUGAAUGGGUGUCAUGCACUACAUGUUGUCGUCGUGUGGUAACUGAUUGUAUAGCUGAUGAGUAUAGAUUAAAUGAUUACAAACAUUUUGAUUUCUAUUGCAUUUUGUGUGACAAGACUAAUAAUUAA